AUGUCGUACAAAGUCGGAGAGCAAAUUCCUCCACAGCACGUCAAAUUGAUCCGUCAAGGCCGCUACCGUCUACAAAUCGACAACCAGCCUAACCUCAACACUGUUAACCAGGAAGGAUACUUGGACGCACAACAUGAUAGUGGUAAUGCGUUCAUAUUAGCCACAAUCUCUGGGGGGCCAAACGGCAGCCGCAAAAUUGGGAUCCUCAAUAAUUGCCUGAGGUUCCAGCGGGGCCCACCACCAAUUUACGGCCAUCGACUUACGGUCAAUGAUUCAGAAUCGGGCGGAGGCAGCUCGGGUGGUACAGACAAGGGUGGCGUUACAAACAGCCACAACAACAACACCACCAAUAGCAACAACCCCGUCAACAGCCACAAUACCACCCAUACCAACAGCCACAACACCACCAACAACAACAACAGCAACAACACCACGAACAGCCACAACCCGGUCACUACCAACAGCCACAACCACACGAGUAACAGCCACAAUAACAGCAACAACACCAACAAUAGCCACAACACCACCAACAGCCACAACACCAAUACCAACAGCAACAACACCACGAACACCAACAGUCACAACACCAACAGCUACAACACCACCAACAGCAACAAUAACAACAACAACACAAACAGCAACAAUCCCAAUAGCAACAACAAGAAUAGCAACAAUGGCAGUAACUUCGGCCAUAUGCAUAACAGCAACCUCGGCAAUAACAGCAACUUUGGUACCAGCCAGGGCAGCAGCUUCGGUAACGUCGGUGGCAAUAACCACUUUGUCGAUAAUGGCUCGCGCCCCUUUACUGGUUAUUGA